AUGACUGCCGACUCUACCACUACUACUACCACUAUCAACACCACCACCCACACCAACACCAACACCACCACCACCGUCACCGAUGACCGCCUGUCACUGGAAUUCUUCCGCCACACGCCCAUCUGCACCAUCAUCCUAGAUGCCUCGCUCGUCAUCCGUCAGGUCUCGGACAGUUUCCUCGACAUCGCGGGCCUUGGCAGCCCAACCGACGCACUGGGUCUUCACUUUGACGAUUUCGUUGACCGCGUCGCCGCCCUGCCCACCCUCGUCAGCGCACGCAAACCUCUGAGGAACGCUCAGGAAACGCUACGGCCUUCCGAACUGAAGCACCUCGAUGUGCCCGACGGCAGCGCUUGGAACAUUCGCAUAGUCCCCAUCCUUCGCCAUGCUUCUCUGCGCUACCUCCAAAUGGAGCUCACAGAUGUCACAACCGAGCAUCAGAGGCAGCUGGACCUCGAGGAACGCCUCUACACAAACGAAACUUUCCGUAUCCUGGUCGAGACGGUCAAGGAUUACGCCAUCUUCAUGCUCGAUCCCAACGGAAACAUAGCGACGUGGAAUGCCGGUGCACAGCGCUUCAAAGGUUACAAGAAGGAGGAGAUCAUUGGGAAGCACUUCUCCAACUUCUACUCCCAAGAAGACCGCGACAUUGACAAGCCAGGGAGAGAGCUGGCUGAUGCACUCCGUGACGGCCGCGUCGAAGACGAGGGAUGGCGCUAUCGAAAAGACGGCUCCAAGUUUUGGGCCAAUGUCAUCAUCACUCCCGUCUACCGAGGCCAGACCCUCUUGGGCUUCUCCAAGGUCACAAGAGAUCUCACCGAGCGUCGCUCUGCUGAAGUCAAGUUGAUCGAGGCAUAUGAAGAGGCUUCCAAAUUGAAAUCCGAGUUCUUGGCCAACAUGUCCCACGAAAUCCGCACCCCAAUGCAUGGAAUGUUGUCUGCAUUGACAUUACUACUAGACACCCCGCUAAAUCCCGAACAACGAGAGCUCGCUCAUGUCAUUGAGGAGUCGGGAGAGAUAUUACUGCACGUCAUCAACGAUAUCCUUGACUACUCCAAGCUGGCCUCGGGAUGCUUUUCCAUCAGCACCGAUAUCAUCAACGUGUCGGAGAUCCUUCAAACCAUUCACAGAGCACAAGAAAAAUGCAGAAAACCUGGAAUAGACCUGCAGACGUACAUCGAUCCCAAGCUUCCCAAAGCAGCAGAAGGUGACAGCCUGAGAUACCGCCAGAUUGUACAGAAUCUCAUGUCCAACGCCAUGAAAUUCACUGAAGAAGGCUAUGUCCAUGUCCAUGCGAAACUCCACGAGGAGGACGAUGAAUACUACACCAUUCUGACCGAGGUGGUGGACACUGGAAUCGGCAUACCUUCUGAAGUGUCUGGAUCCUUGUUCACUCCCUUCAUGCAGUUUGAUAACUCUGCAACCAAGCGUUACAAGGGUACCGGACUUGGACUGUCGAUAUGCAAGAGCCUAUCGGAACUAAUGGGCGGGCACAUUGGCUUCUAUGAUAAUCCAGAAGGCCACGGCAGCGUCUUCUGGUUCACAGCGAAGAUGAAGAAGGUCCAGCACGUCAAGGAUAUAGAUGACUUACAUGAGGAACUUGAGCAGCUGACACUCCGCACCUCCACAUCACCUUUCGAAGACGUCAAGCACGCAGCCGUUGGCAAGAAGAUUCUACUGGCGGAAGACAACCCGAUCAACCAAAAAGUCAUGCUUAAGAUGCUGACGAGCCUGGGCUUCAGGGAUAUAGACGUGGCCCUAGACGGAAGAGACGCAGUUGCCCUCUCCAUCAGAAACCCGCCGCCUUACCACGUCAUUCUCAUGGACAUCAACAUGCCCCUCCUCGAUGGAGUCGGCGCAACCAAGGAAAUCCGCAACGCAGGCGUCCAGACGCCAAUCAUCGCCAUGACGGCCAAUGCACUCAAGGGUCAAGCCGAGUUGUACCUGGCCAAGGGCAUGAACGGUUACGUCCCAAAGCCUGUCGAUAGGAACCUGCUCGUCAAAAUUCUGCUUAGCUGGCUCAAUUCAAAUGCUCCUUCACCUACCCAGCUUCGAGCGACGCCGUCGCCUCCGCCUGUGCCUUUGCCUUCUGAGGCUGCGCCAUCAAAUUCUCCACUCCCGCUUGCGCCUUUGCCUUCUGAGGCUGCGCCACCAAAUCCUCCACUCCCGCCUGCGCCCUCAGAGCCUGCGCCUUCGCAGCCUACACCUUCAGGGCCUGUGCCGUCGGAGCCUUCACCUUCUGAGCUUGCACAUUCCGAGCCUGCCGGCUGA